CGCUUAUCAGCCAUCCAUUCCUCCCCGCCUUAUCCAUCCGUGGCCUCUCCUACAUAUUAUUUUCUUCCUUUCCAUCAUCUUUGUACUCUCUCAAUUUCUUGAUUGCACAGGUUUCGGGGAUUCAUAGCUAUGGCAACAGCCUCAGCCACACUUUCUUCAUCAAUAUUUGCUGCUGCAACUGUUUCCAAUCUCCCAAGGAGAAGAAGCAUCAAAGUGCACUACAUAUCAGGACUCAACUCCUAUGAUGGGCUUAAAGCUCACAACAGUAUCGCUUCAUUAGGGAAACCUGUCUGCACCCAGCAGUGCUUUGCAAAGGUUGUCAGCUCACUGAAAGCUCCUUCCAGAGGCAGAGGUGGUGGCGGCGCUCUCUCUUCAAAAUGCAGUGUAGCUGGUGAGAUCUUCAGGAUUGCAGCCAUCAUGAAUGGCCUUGUUCUUGUUGGUGUUGCAGUUGGAUUUGUUCUCCUUCGACUCGAGACAUUUAUUGAGGAAUCUGAGUGAGAAUUUAGAAACCUAGGUUGCUUUAUAUUGUCGUCCUUUAGCAAUUAUGUAAUUCUGUUUGAUUCUUCCUCGAUGCAGAAAACUUCCCUUUUUUUUCCUCACCAGAAUCAGUAUAAGAAACCAGAAAGUUGUUGUUUCUAAGCAAAUGAUUGAUUUAAUAAAAUUACUCCUUUUGU